GAGCUUUCGGCGGAAGUGACGUCUCGGCGGCCAUGGCGGCUCUCAGUUCGGUUCCGGAUUCGCUGUGAAGUGGAGAAGCGGUUUUGACUGCUGGACUGGACUUAUGUAUGGUGUUUUUUGGGGGGGGAAGGAGUGGAACAACAGCAACAACAUUAUCAUUCCUAAAAGGUUCUCGGAACUUUUGGGGGGAAUUUGUUUCGGUCUCGGAGCCUACUUGGUCGCUGGUCCUGUGUGCUCUUUUUUUUUGUACUUCAUUUUUUAAAGUGAAAGGAGCGCUGGUUCGCCUUCAACCAAACACAUACUUGUUUUACCUCCCCCACCACCACCAACCCGCCCGGGAGCGGGUUCGGUUCGGUACCGGCUUCGCCUCCCCCCCCCUCCCCUCUGCCACCUCCGCCUUUGUCAGUGCGCCGGCUGCGAGGUGGUCGCGUCGGAACCCUUUCGUGGCGCCUGAUUGUGGUGUUAGAUCCUGCGGCCCCGAGUCUGUCGACAUGUUCAAGACCCGACAGUGCCUGCUCGGGAUCCGGACUUUCCUUGGGGUCACCUCCCGGAUCUGGGGAUUGAUCCUCUAUAUUCUCAGGAAACACCUUCGCACAAUAAUCCAGUACCAGACUGUGCGUUAUGACACGUUACCUCUCUCCCCCAUCUCCAGAAACAGAUUGAACGCAGUGAAGAGGAAGAUCCUGGUGCUAGACCUGGACGAGACGCUCAUCCACUCGCACCACGACGGCGUCCUGCGGCCCACAGUGCGGCCUGGCACGCCGCCUGACUUCAUCCUGAAGGUGGUAAUAGACAAACACCCCGUCAGGUUCUUUGUACAUAAAAGGCCGCAUGUCGACUUCUUUCUGGAAGUGGUCAGCCAGUGGUAUGAGCUGGUAGUCUUCACAGCCAGUAUGGAGAUAUAUGGCUCAGCAGUAGCUGACAAACUAGACAACAACAGAGGAAUCUUGAAACGGAGAUACUACAGACAGCACUGUACGCUGGAUCUAGGUAGUUACAUUAAAGACUUGUCUGUGGUCCACAGCGACCUUUCCAGCAUUGUCAUCCUAGACAACUCUCCCGGGGCCUACCGCAGCCACCCAGACAAUGCAAUUCCUAUAAAAUCAUGGUUUAGCGACCCCAGCGACACAGCACUUCUGAACCUCUUACCUAUGCUGGACGCGCUGAGGUUCACUGCAGAUGUCCGAUCCGUCCUCAGUCGAAACCUACAUCAGCACCGGCUCUGGUGAUGGGUCGUCUCCCGCCUGGAGGGGUAGUCCCUCCUUGUUUCGUCUCGCCGGACCCCGCCUCUCAAUGACCUCCUAGCGAACCCUUCAUAAGACCCCCCCCCCCAACCAAGCACCGGGAGGGGAGAAGGCAUACAUGGAGGGGGGGCUCUGGAGGGGAGAGUGGGGGGUGGUGUGUGGGUGACUCUGGAGGCCAUUUUCUGACAUUGAACCUCUGCCUUACAACUUGCUUCCCCUUGGGGCGUGUGUGUGACUGUAUGUAUGCCUGUCUGUUUUUUUUUUUUCCUCGAGCAGUUCUUUUUAAAGAUGAAAGAAAGAAAUCCGUGAAGCCAGCCUCCCUUGUUCCCCUCCUGCGUUCUCUCCAUCACCCCCCCACCCCAGAGCCCCUGGUCGCUCUCAGCAGAGAUCCCCUGUUCCUGUCCCCCACGCAGAAAUGACAAGUUGCUGGACUCUUUCAAAAGCAACUAGCCUGGGUUAUUGACUUUACAGGGGAGAAGGCGGGAUACCGAGAAUGGUUUUUUUUUCCUAACUGGAUCACGUUUGAGAAUGGGAGAUUUAGGGAUGUCUGGGGGUGUCGGAGGCAGAGGUUGAGGGACAAUAACGGUACAACACUUUUGAGGAGUCCAGUUGUAUUUUUACUGGAAGGAAGGCGAGGCUGGGGAGCCCUGGGAUGGAGGCAAUGGGCCGGAACCAUACAGGCCACAGUGGACAGAUGGACAGAUUGAUGGCUUGUUGCCACCUCUGGGCUUGAUCAUAUCCUUUGCGAUUUCCUUUGCACGUUCUUCAACUCCUCCUCCUCUCCCUCCCUCCACAUCUGAUGCAUUUGCUCGGCCAGCAGGGUACAGGGAUCUGCAGAAAGAGGCGCCCAGAGGGAGAGAGCUGGAAACGGACAAUGAAAUGUUUUAACAGACGACGAAAGAGGAUUGUCCUUUGCUGGUCUUGUUCAGUCCAUCAAAGAAAGUCAGUCAUUUUCUCCUGUUUUUUUUAUUCCUGUUUUGUGCUGGGGGGAAAGGAGCAGAGGGGUACAUUGCUAAAAUAGCUACCCUACCAAGUCCCCCCCCCACCCCCUAGAGAAUGGGCUUGUGCUCCCUUGCCCUGCAUCUUGCAGAAGCCAUAGCUCACUGGAGGCCCUUCAUCUUUGAUCUCAAUUUUUGACUGGAACUUAAAGAUUAUUUUUUAUCAAACCAUUUGAGAAAUCCUACAUAACCGCAGUGCCCUCCCCCAGUGCCCCACCCUUCCCUCUCUUACUAGGGCUGACACCUGGCAUCCAAUUCCAGGAUCCUAUUCUACAGGAAAUGAACUUCUAGUUACCCCUAAUGCUUUACCCUUGGACCUUUUUUUCUCCUUAAUUGCAAUAGGGCAGCACUACAGCACUGUCAUUUUUAGGAAAUAAAAUUCAUGUGGAUAAUUUAUCCAAUUUUUUUUAUGGUGCUGUUAACCUAAAUUUUAUAUUUGCCUGCCGAUGACUGACAUGCAGCCUUUGUCUGCACGGCCCCCUGGUUCAGAUCGGUUGAUUGGCAGAAAGGAGUACUACAUUGAAUACUAGAGACCAUAAUAAGUUUCAGAUGUUGCCAUCUGGUUUGCAAAGAGAGCUUUAAAGGCGCCAUAAUCAGAUUUUUUUCUGUUGUCACCCUUGUUCAGGAACCCUGUCCCGUUUGCAGGGGUUCUGGGGUUGGGUGACCAUUUGUCAGUCCUGCUACCUCUUAUCCCCAGUACACACCUCAGAUAUGCCCCAGAUUGUGCCAGUUGAACAGUUUAGUCUCAGCAGGCUACAGGGGGCAUCUUUUAUGGCUCAGUGCCCAGAUCUCUACGUGUUACUAAUAAAACACUCUUCGGUAUCGCUGA